CCCUCGCGUUUAGUCACGUCAGUGCAGGUUACGACGCCCUAGUGCAAACAAAGAAAGAUCACAUAAACUCGUUCGACUCGAAGUAAAACUUGAGAGUGAGUGUUUCGAAAGAUGUUCGAUUACUAUGACGAUAGCGACGAUAGUGGUGGAUAUUGUUUCACUGAUGAUGAUGAAUAUGCUGACUACUACUACGCCUAUAAUUGUGAAUUUAAAGAAGACUAUUCAAAAGAAUUGAGAAGCGUGAGACAGAAGGUCAACUGGGACAUUGAAAAAGAACGACGGAAAUUUCUCGGUAAAUUAUUUUACUUGGUCCAUAAUUGGAAGGGCCAACUUCCGAAUCUUCGCGAAUUUUUUCGUCGCGAGGAUGUGGAUUGGAUUAUCGUCGAGUAUCUGGACGGCUUGCAAAGAAAUUACGGACGUGGUCCGGAUUGUUCAUUCAUCAAGUUUGUGAUUCGCACUGGUUACAAGGACGAGCCCGAACUCGAUAAAGACGGCAAGCCCGUGUUAAGUCGCACUACGCCAUUGCAUUAUGCGUCUGAAGAAUUUUCCGGGGUUGUUCGUUACUACCCCACAGGGCCCGGAGUGUUCAAUGACCUGUUUCAAAUAUACAACAGAUACGACGCGAAUUACCUCGGCGAAUAUGGCCUUACGCACUUUCAUGUAGCCUGCCGGUUCGGCUGUAAAAACGUCGUCGAAAAGUUCCUCGAGCUCGGUCAAGAUCCCAACGUACUAGUGCAAAAAACCGGCGCUUCGCCGCUACACUUGGCUCUAGCCAUGUAUGCCUUGGAAAGCCCCGGACGCGACGAGGUGCUCGAGUUGCUGCUGAAAAAUGGCGCUGAUGUUAAUUUAACUAAUGCCAAGGGAUUGACUCCUCUGCAUGUCAUUUGCAAAGAUCGCAAGGACGACAAUUUGGCGGAGAUGUUUUUCAAGCUCAACGACCAAAUCCAGCAGACGAUUCAGUUGGAUGCCCGGGACAAGUUGGGCCGGACACCUCUGCAGAUGGCCGUGGCGAGUCUCAUGCCGAAAACAGUUGACGCACUCUUGGAUCGUAUCGCCGAUCUGUCUGAUUUUGUUUUUCCAACCGAGGAUUAUUUUGGCGCGGGACAUAAAGGAAGUUUAUUUGUACCAACGUCCAACGACACGAAUUUAGCUUCUAGAACACUGAUGGUCAUCGAAAGCUUGAAGAAAAAAGGAUAUGAAAUAAAUCAAACGCACGCCCUGACAACCAUGAAAUUUUUUAACUACAUAGGAGUGGUUCGCCAGUCGUUAGCGUUCAUGUUCACUGGAGAUUACGAUAGCGAUGAUAGUGAACCGGGUUUCGAAUAUUGCACGAUGUGUCAUUCCUCUCGUGAAGCACCAAAGGAACCAUUGUGCCAUGCCCACAAAUCCACCAUAAUAUCACGAGGAUUUUUCCAACAUUGGUCACUAGGAUUUUUCUUGAAGCUGACUCACCCUCCACUGCCAACUCGUUGCUGUAAAAUAAUCAUCGACAAGCUUUCGAACAAAGAUUUGUUUAAUGUAUGCAUCGCAGUUGAUAGCGCUAUGAAAGAGCAGAGCCAAACACUAGAUGUCAAUGGUAAAGUUGAAGAGAUUGAAGAACUAAAAAAUUUACACAUAACUGAAUGAUUUUGGAAUAAUUUAAUCUAUACGUGUUCAAUUGUACUUAACUGUUCUUUUAAUUGAAAGAUUUAAAUUUAGAAGAAAUUGAUUUGUCAUUGAUUGUAAUCUUGAGUUCAAUCAAAGCUAUUUCAAGACGCUCAUCAACUCUAACUUUGAAACCUCUGACAGUGAAAAAAUAUAUAAAUUUGCUUGCUCAGUGUCAUGUUAAAUUUUAAAAACCGAUAAAUGCAUA